AUGGAGACGAAGUGCAUUUCAGUGUUGGUCGCAUUGCUCAUCGUGGAUUGUUUAAGACUCACUCUUAAUAAAUGCUUUCCCAGACUCUCGCGUGACUUUGAGGCUUCCUUCUCCAGACUUCCGUUCUUCGUCAUCCCGCGUCGCUCAGCCCAGGCCGUCUCACUUCCGACGACGGAAGCAGGCCUGCAAACGAGCUCAGAGGCUCACAACUCCUCUGACCCACCUUCAUCAGGCCCCCAAACGACGGAUAUCUUCGUCACGGAGACGGACAGUCUGAAUCAGGUCGACCCAGUGGUGAUGACUUCCUCGCCGUUGUCAAACACGACCGUGUCCAAAGCCGCCGAGAUACAUAACCGCAGCAUGGAUCCGCAAUCUGCCGCCCCAGAAACAACGCCGAUAAUGACGACGACGGACGCGACGAAAAUCGACUUGGAUGACGUGAAUGCGACAGAGAGAAUCACGACACCUUCUGGGGACCUGGGAACGACUCGCGCGGCAGCCCGGCUGAGCCUCCCUUUGCCCAGGCUGGAAGAGCUUUUCCCGGAGCAGGCGACGAAAUUUCGACAGAACACUCGCAGUACAAUGAAGGAAAAUCAGGAGGAAAUGGCAAAUACAAAAAAUAUGCCUGUGAACGAAGUACAAUUGGAAUCCCCCAUGGACUCCAAGGAAAUUGCGGAUAUAAUCAACGAAGUCAUCAAAAGCAAAUUAAUCAAUUGCAGUCACACUUCAAGUGAAACAUCGGAAACAUCAUCAACAUCUCUGACUCCUACCAUGGAUGUGUCGAUGUCCACGCUUCCGUCGAUUCUCGACACAACCCUGAAGAACGAAUCGUUGACACAAAAUGUUUCGAAUAGCAAUCAAUCGGAUUCCACGACAUCGCAAAGCAUUGACUGUUCAAAAGACGCUCAAUCGACAAUGACAAAGGAAGAAACGACGACAGAGUCGAACAUUUCAACAUCAUUCACAAGCGUCGGUGACAUUGCUCUUAUGAACUCGACUUCAGAAAAGACCGAAUCGCUUUAGAAGUUCCUGCAUGCACGAAUUCUUCUGCGACAAUUUCCCCUAUUUUACUCCUUCCGAAAAAUUCUGACAGGAAAGCGAUAUCGUGUCACGUGUCUGUCUACCUACGAGGACAGUAAUUUGUGCUUGCUUGCGAAGAACUUCUUCCUACGCACAAGUGUGUUGUCUCUUUCGGCACGAUAUGAGCUUCCAGAGGACAUUUACAGGUUUGUAUGAAGUUUUUCGGCAUGAAAAUACAUGGCGCUUCAAUACAAAUGCACGAA